AAUCAGCUGUGUUUGAUGUUUGAAGGUCUGAGUAUAGUUGUUAUUUGACUUCCUUGCUUUGUUGAGAGCAGAAAAAUACUAGAAAUUUUCCUAAACUCACCGUUUUCUCAGUCCAAUAGCUUGCGAUGUUUAGUGUCGAAAAUUGCUGCACUUAGCAACGCACAACGUCACGUAAUUCAACCGAAACCUCGCCAAGUCUUAAUUAUGUUUAAAACUCGGUGACAAAACAAAGUGAAAAUCUUUCAGCUCCUGAUUGGAACAGUUCUCAUUUGAAAACUUUGAGUUUGCCAGCAAUUCCAUGCCGGAGCAAUUAAUUAAAGUGAAAGAGACUUGCGGUGUAGUUUCAAGGGAAGCAUUUUCUGACUCUGUGAAACGGCAGGAAUUAUCAAACUGUGAUACAGACUCCAACUAUUCCAAUUCUUCAGGAGAUAUCUGCAGAAUUUGUCAUUGUGAAGCAGAUGCGGAAAAUCCACUGUUAUCUCCAUGUUAUUGUGCGGGCAGUUUAAAAUACGUGCAUCAGAAUUGUCUCAGACAAUGGCUUGCUGCUUCAGACACACGCUCCUGUGAAUUGUGUAAAUUUAACUUUAUUUUACAUACAAAGAUUAAACCCUUAUCAGAAGUGUUUUUUUGUCUAUUUUUUCAGUGGCGAAUUUUGGAAAUGAGCAGUGUGGAGCGAAGACGUCUUGUCUGUUCCAUAAUGUUUCACUUUGUGGCUGGUGUAUGCGUAAUUUGGUCACUAUUUGUCCUUAUUGAUAGGGCUGCAGAAGAAAUACAGAAAGGGAUAAUCGCAUGGCCUUUUUGGACAAAACUAGUUGUUGUUGCUGUAGGAUUUACAGGGGGCGCUGUAUUUAUGUACAUUCAGUGUAAGCAGUACUUAGGUCUCUUUUCAAGAUGGAAGGCUCAUAACAGGGUAAUGUUAGUGCAAAAUGCUCCAGAAAAACAGCUUUCCAUUUCUUCAUCGCCAAACUCAAACUAUAUAAGCUCAAAAGAAAACGGCCAUGUGAAUGUCCUGAGUCAAGUGGUUACUUCUGGAGAAUUCGAUGUUCCUCCUUCCGAUACCACUUCCAAUUCUCAGAGUGAUGUGCAGAUCUGCUAUAUUUUCGAGAACGAAUGUAAAAAACAGAAAAAACCGUUUGGAAGCUGUGCUUCCUCCAUACAGAAGGCGGAUGUUCAUGUAGAAGAUCUGUGCGAAAGUCCGAAACAAGAUCUGAGUAAAUCUCAAGAGUACUUAACACACAGAGAAACCUGGGUAGCAUUAGAUAUUGAAUGCCCUUCAGAUGGUAGGAAGCUGUCUUUGUACAAGACUGAUGCUUUAAGCAACAGUACAUGCAAAUCGCUACCAAAUUUGUUAAAUUCCAGCAGUGAGCACCUACUCGUGUAGAUGGGUAGGCUUCUGUCAUAGCUACGUUUUAUUAAUUAUUGCAACGUUUCCUGAAGUUAAUUGUAUAAUUUAUUAUUACCCAUAAUGAAGCGUUUCGAUCCAAAUCAAUUGUUAAAUAAAAAUGUGAUACUCAGUGAAAAAUUGAUAAUAUACUUAAUGUCUCUUGUCCAUAUUAGACAAGAGUGUAACUUACUGCAUGUAUGCUGUAUAACAAUUUAAUAAAUGUAUAUUUUGAUUCCCAA